AAACCAAGUGGAUGCGUCUUUUCCUCCUUCCUCUUCAUUUUGUUCUUCUUAUUCUCUCUCUUCACGCUCAAAUCCUCUCAAACUGAAACCUAGCGCCACCUUUAAACUCCGAUUCCGGCAGCCACAGAUCUCAUCUCCCAAUAUUAAACCGAUUAAAGUGUCUCUUAUUAUCUCUUAUUAUCUCUUAUUCAAAAUACCUCAAUUAAUUUUCGGUUCUGGUAAGUUUCUUCUUCAACACCGCCAUUUUUGGGUGUUUCUGAACAACCAUGAAAGUUUAAGAAAAGGCACGGGUUAAAGAAUUCAGGACAUCGUGGUCUUAUGGAGGAGCAAUUCAUACUUAGAGUUCCACCUAACAUUGCGGAGCGGAUAGAGCGUCUUCUGAAUGAAAACAAUGCUUCUUCAUCUGAAGACAAGUCGCUAGAUUUGCAAUUUAGUGAGGAUGGAAGAAGCGGUACGUUUAUGAUUGGAAAUGAGCACUUCCCGGCUGCUCUACUGGACCUUCCUUCUGUCGUUGAAUCAUACAAGACUUAUGACGAUAACUCUUUGGUUAAGACUGCUGAUAUUGGUCAGAUGAUUAUGGUGAGGGAAUCUGGUGAUGUUGCUCCAGAUGUAAUCGAGUGCAGACAUGGCCUUACCCCUCCCAUGAGAGAUGCCCGCAAGCGUAGAUUCCGCCGAGAGCCUGACCUUAAUCCUGAGCUUGUCUCCCGUGUUGAGAAAGAUCUUCUCAAAAUCAUUGCUGGAGGAACGGUUGACAAUCUUGAUGUGGAAAUAGCUGAGCAAGAAGGUGACGAGAAUGCUCGAGGUGCUAAUAAAAAACCUGCAGCUGCACCUGUAUCAAAGCAUGAUGUUCCGGAGCCUCUUACAAACGCUGGGGAUCCUGACAGAAGUGACUCUGAUGAAUCUGAUGACUCAGUUUGACCGAUAUUAGCUGCCAAAGAUAUAUCAGAUGAAUGCUAGAAACACCUUUUGUUGACAAAUUUCUCAAACACUCAGAUAAAUUUUUUUUAAAGAAAAGUCAAUUUGGUUGUCUCAUUUUUGAGAAAAUAUAUUGACCUUUUAAAAAACGGAUCAAUCAUAAAGGGUGUAUAAAAAAGGUGUGUUGUUGGCAUUCACAUUGUAUAAUGAUGUGCUGUUAAAUGUGAAUCCCAUCUACAGUCUUAAGAUUGGCUGCAAUGGAUUUGCUACAUUAUUUGUUGUAUUUUACGCCAUUUGGUUGUCGUUGUUAUGUAACAACCUUUUAGGCCCUAUUUUACCCCGCAUAUAUGAGAAUAAGGCGAACCAUGUUUUUUUUGUAAGCUAUUGUGUUUUAAUAUUUUGUUACUGUGUCAUUGUGCAAAGCAAAUGCUUCAUAAGCGAUUAAGUUCUGAUAA